AUGUCCAGCCCAGGCCGCUGUGGAGACAUCAUCCACCUGAAUGUUGGGGGGAAGAGGUUCAGUACGUCCCGACAGACGCUCAGCUGGGUGCCAGACUCCUUCUUUACCAGUUUGCUGAGCGGCCGGAUCUCGACACUGAAAGACGAGACUGGAGCCAUCUUCAUCGACAGAGACCCGUCGCUCUUCGCCCCGAUCUUGAACUUCCUUCGAUCCAAAGAACUUCACCCUCGAUCCACACAUGUCCAACUGCUGCUGCACGAGGCCGAGUUCUAUGGCAUCACACCCCUGGUGCGUAAGCUGCAGCUGUGUGAUGAGCUUGACAGAUCUUCCUGUGGAAAUGUGUUGUUCAACGGAUACCUGCCCCCUCCUGUGUACCCUCUGAAGCGUCGUAACCGCCACAGUGUGGCUGGCUCUCCCUUCCCCUCCAGCAGAGCUCCCCCUGUGGAGAGAGCCGUGCGGCGCAGCCACACAAUGCCUCCAAACCUGGGGCAUGCUGGGAUACUGGCCCCUCCCUCCUCUCACCCGCCUAACCCCUCUCACCCGCCUCACCCCUCUCAGGAGCCCGGCCUCGUACGCAUCAUCUGUGGACACCACAACUGGAUCGCUGUGGCCUACGCACACUUUGUCGUCUGCUACCGGGUGAAGGAGUCAACCGGCUGGCAGACCGUGUUCACCUCGCCGCGUCUCGAUUGGCUGAUUGACCGCGUGGCUUUGAACGCCAAGGUGAUGGGCGGAGCUCUGGGGGAACACGACAAGAUGGUUGCUGUGGCGUCUGGCACUGAGAUCAUCCUCUGGUCCAUCUGUCCAGACGGCAACGGCAGUGAGAUCGGAGUCUUCAGUCUGAAUGUUCCAGUUGAAGCUCUCUUCUUCAUCGGGAACCAGCUGAUCGCCACUAGCCACACGGGGAAAGUGGGAGUAUGGAACGCCGUCACCAAACACUGGCAGAACCAGGAUGUAGUUCCCAUCAGCUCCUAUGACACGGCAGGCUCUCUGCUGAUCUUGGGCUGCAACAACGGAUCAAUAUACUAUAUCGAUGUGCAGAAGUUUCCUCUGAGGAUGAAGGACAACGACCUCCUGGUGACAGAGCUCUACAGAGAUCCUUCUGAGGACGCCAUCACUGCUCUGAGCGUCUACCUCACCCCCAAGACAAGUGACAGUGGUAACUGGAUAGAGAUUGCGUAUGGCACGAGUUCUGGAACAGUGCGUGUGAUCGUGCAGCAUCCUGAGACUGUGGGCUGUGGACCUCAGCUGUUCCAGACCUUCAGUGUCCACCGCUCACCUGUCACCAAGAUCAUGCUGUCAGAGAAACACCUCAUCUCAGUGUGUGCAGAUAAUAACCAUGUGCGUACCUGGACCGUGACUCGGUUCAGAGGGAUGAUCUCCACACAGCCUGGAUCCACUCCUCUCACCUCCUUCAAGAUCCUUAGUCUGGAGGAAGGAGGAGCACAGGGUUGCAGCGCAGGGACCGACAUCGGUCCGUACGGAGAAAGAGACGAUCAGCAAGUUUUCAUCCAGAGAGUUGUCCCAGACACAGAGAAACUCUACGUCCGACUGUCCUCCAACGGAAAGAGGGUGUGUGAGGUGCGCUCCGUAGACUCAUCCCCCAUCUCCUGCUUCACGGUGCAUGAGUGUGAAGGUUCCAGCAGGAUUGGGUCCAGACCCAGACGGUACCUGUUCUCAGGACACAGCACCGGCAGCAUUCAGAUGUGGGACCUGACCACGGCUAUGGACAUCGCUGGGAAGGUGGACAUCAGGGCUCUGGGCGGACCCACAGAGGAGGAGCUGCUGGAGCUGUUGGAGCAGUGUGACCUGGCUCUGACCAGGACUCCAGACUGUACUCCCCGAGCCUCAACUUGCAGUCUUCACUCUUCUCUUGGUGAGUUCAGACCGGACCGGCCUCAGUCCAGAGGGGCCAUGGCUUCUGGGUCACUCCCUCGCCAACCUCCAACCCCUGCCCCUCAGUCCAGACCUAGUCCUAGACCAAGUCCUCGACCCAGUCCCAGACCCAGUCCCAGACCUGGAUCUAGUCCGAACCCUCUCCGGUUUGUGGAGCGCUGUCAGGAGCUUGUCAAAGAGGGGGUGGGGCCAGAGCUCGGGAGGCGGAGCUUAGUUCUGUGCAGCAGUGACUCAGAGGCCAGGUUUGCCCUCAGGUCUCCGCCCACUUCCUCUUUACCUGUGAACCGUGUCUCCAUGAUGACAACGCCGUCAUCUUUGGUGUCGUCGCUGCAGCAAGGCCAGGCCACGCCCACUUCACCCACAGGCCACGCCCCCCAAGCUGCUUCUGCCGCUGCCGCCAUGGGAAUAAGCCCAGAAAGUCCUGUCCCUCCUCCCACCACCAGCCCCAAACCACAACUGAAUGAGACCAGUUUCUGA